CCUGUUUUUCCGGGUAUGCGCAUUGGUCAUGCGCAGAACACAGCCAGCCUUUUCCCUCUUUCCUCCCAUUUCCCUGAGCAGUUCUACACUCAUUGCAGCCACAACCACAACAUUACAGGUCCACUCAGCGCUACGGAAUCAGCUACAAACAUGUCUUCCAAGGUUGCAGUGGUAACAGGCAGUAACAAGGGCAUUGGUCUUUCCAUAGUUCAAGCCCUCUGCAAGCAGUAUCAAGGAGAGGUUUACGUCACUGCCAGAGAUGUUGGUCGUGGUCAGGAAGCUGUGCAGUCUCUGGCCUCAGAAGGUCUCAAGGCAAACUUUCACCAGCUCGACAUCAACGAUCUGAACAGCAUCAAGACUGCAGCUACUUACUUUAAAGACAAGUAUGGAGGAGUGGAUAUCCUCGUUAAUAAUGCUGGGAUUGCAUUUAAAAAUGCAGACACAACUCCAUUCAAUGUCCAGGCCGAGGUGACCCUCAAGACCAACUACUUUGCUACCAGAGACAUGUUGACUCACUUCCUGCCAUUGAUCAAAACUGGAGGCCGUGUGGUGAACGUCUCCAGCUUCGUCAGUGUCCGGGCUUUGAACCAGUGCAGCCCGGCUCUGCAGCAGCGUUUCCGCAGUGAGGACAUCACUGAGGAGGAGCUGUCAGGGCUGAUGCAGAAAUUUGUUGAUGAGACCCAGAAGGGCGAGCACAAGAAGGGCGGCUGGCCUGACACGGCGUACGGAGUGUCCAAAACUGGGCUGACGACUCUGUCCAUGAUUCUGGCUCGACAGCUGUCCAAGGACAGACCAGCUGACGGGAUCUUGCUGAAUGCCUGUUGUCCAGGUUGGGUACGCACUGACAUGGCAGGCCCAAAAGCACCCAAGUCACCAGAGGAGGGGGCUAUUACUCCAGUCUACUUGUCUCUGCUGCCUGCUGGAGCUACAGACCCUCAUGGAAAGUUUGUGUCUGAUAAAGAAGUUCAGACAUGGUGAAAGGAGCAAAGGGUUUUCGCUAUGUGUGUUAGGGUCUCCUUUUAAGCACUUAAAUGCCAAAAAUUUACAAAAAAAAUUCAAAAGCCAAAAAACUGAAUAAGAAUUCCAACAUCUGAAAUAGAAAUGUUACAUAGAAAAUAUCAAAGCAACACAAAACUACACUUACACUACCUUAUAUAUAUUUUUUACCUUAGUUAUUAGCCAACCCUUGUGUUUACAUUCACAUCUAAGCCAAACAGUGAAUAAUUUUGAAAGGUAUCUUCAUAAGUGCUACUCUAUCACUUUUUGAACUGCAUCUAACUUUGCCUUCUGUCAUGUCAGCAUUUGUAUAAAAAAGAAAACUUGCCUUAACUGGUUAAAAUUUUAUGUCAUUAAAUCAUGAGUAAUAAGAAUACUUUUUGGUGAAAAACACACUUUCUACUGUAUGACUUUGCUUUCAUGUAAAUGAAAAACAAUAAACAAACUUCAAAAUAAAAAUGUUAAUGAGAAAUCCUUAUUAAAGGCACAUUAUGCACCAA